AUGACGUCACAAAAGGACACCACCCACCACAGGCCCCCUAUCCCACAAGCCACGCGACUUCGAUCUCUCCAGCCAUCAACAACCAUCCAGAAUUGGCAACUCAUCAAUGCGCACACCUGCAUCCUCUCCCUCCUUCGAAUCAAGUCCACACUAGUCACCACUACCACCACCACCACCACCAAGAUCACCACUCACCACCCCAUCAAUUUCUACCCUCAAGCACGCACAAUGUCCUCCUCUCACUCCAAGACCCAACUCAAAGGAGGCUGCACCUGCAAAACCGUCCAGUACACCCUCACCCUCAACUCGGUGGAAGAUGCUCGGACAACACUCUGUCACUGCAAGUCCUGCAAGCGAGCCUUUGGGACAAAUUACGGACUCACAGCCAAGGUUGCCUUGGAUGCUUUCUCGUACAAUGACGGGACAGAGACGCUCAAGAAGUACACGCAGCAGAACGGGGUGACGAGGGAGUUUUGCGGGGAGUGUGGGGUUUUCAUUUGCGAGUAUGGUAAAGAAGCAGCCGACAAGUUUCGGUAUGUCAUGUGGGGGUCUCUUGAUGAGCCAGAAAAUAUCCCGCCAAAGGGGGAGUUCUUUUGCAAGGAGAGGGCUUCUUGGAUGCCUGAGAUCAAUGGUGUCUUUCACAAACGCGAGAUCAAGGAGUAA